AUGACCUGCAGAAUCGUUCAUGGCAGACAGCUUAAGGACGCCUUUGAAGAGAGAACCGGUGUGAGGCAAGGCUGCUUACUCUCACUUUUCAUGUUACUGCUGACCAUAGACUGGGUAAUGAAGACAUCGACGGAGCAGAAGCAGAAUGGAAUUCAGUGGGCACUCUGGAAAUUGUUGAAAGACCUCGACUUUGCCGAUGAUCUGGCUCUUCUCUCCACCACCCAACAACAGAUGCAGGACAGGACAAACAUAGUGGCGAAAAACUCAGCUAGACUGUGCCUUGUCAUUCACAAAGAGAAGAUCAAGGUGUUCAGGACCAACAUAUCCAACCACACACCCAUCACAAUCCAAGGCGAUGCGAACCAUUGUCACCACCAUUAA